CAAGGCACGUUGCAGUUUUGUAUGCCUCCCACCCAACCAAAAAAGAAAAGGAAAACCUACACCCUUCCCAUCUCUCUCACACCCAAAAACUUGAAACAGAAGCUCUCUAUACCCAUUUUCUCUCACACCCAAAAACCCUAGAUGCAACAAUGGCAUUAAGCUACUCCCUCUCACACCGAAAAACCCUAGAUGCAACAAUGGCAUUAAGAGCUCUCAACACAAUCUACUCGAAGCUCCUCUCUCGAAUGGCUGUUUGUUCCCUCCGCACAUUCGCUCCCAUCAACUCCAAUUCCCAAUCAGAUAUUCCAACUAACAAUUCGGAUUCGGACUUACGUUCAAAACAACUUCCUCAUGCCGAAGGUAAGAAAAACAUAGCAUUCAAUCGAUUUAUGAAAGACGGGUCAACAUUCCCCCGCAAGGUGUUGAACGACGACGAGAAAUAUGCUAGGAUGGACAUGCCGGUGACCCGGAAGCAAGGGCUGAAACUGUUGGUUGCAGACAACUCUCUGAAUGCCUUGGAAGAGGUGGAUGAUGAUCCUCUGUCCGUGGAGGAGUAUCGAGUGAGUUACUACGGCAACAUCGAUCUUCCUCAGAGCCUCUACAAGAUGGGAAAUAUCGUAACGGAGCUCAAGGACAUUGCGUUUAGCUUGAAACCGCAAAUGAUGAUGAGGAACACUUGCGACAGCCGGCGAUGGUUUACGAGUCGUACUGAUGCAGUUAAUGAUGCAACCAAUGUUGAGAGUAAUGCCUUUUCUACUAAUGCAGCUGGUAAUGCCUUUUCUACUAAUGUAUCUGGUAAUGCAAUCCACGGUGAAGCCCCAGGAAUCCUUCAUCGUAUGGUGCGUGCCAUUUACAUCAAGGAAGGAAAUUUUCCAAACAUUGACAAUUUUAUUGCAAGUUCUGUAUCUUUUAUCAACAAAGGAAAUUUUAAAAGCAUCCACAAUUGCAUCCCCAAUUUAGUCCUUUUUUGUGGACCCCAACAACUUUUUUUCGAACAGAAGCACAACAUUAUAUUAGAAAAUUAUGGGUUGUUCAAAAAGGGCAACACUGAUUGGCAUGUGGCUGGGGUUUCCAAGACCAGAUAUAUCUCGAUAAAUGACUUCAUGUGGUUGGUACUCUGGAUUCCUAAAAAUUACAAAAAAAGGAUUUAUAAUUACCUGUUUAAGCAGCAAAUUUAUGUUUUGGAGAGUUCUCCAAUGACACUAUUAAAAUACUCAGUACUCUGUUCUUGGAGAGCACCAUUCGAUGGACAGUACAAGUUAAAUGUUUCUGUGUUUUUUAAGAAAAAUCUUGGUGGGACCAAGGAAGCUUGUUGUGGAGAAGUAUUAAGAGAUUGUAGGGGAAGGAUUUUGGAAAUUUUCUAUAAGCCAUUUCCUGAUGCAACAUCUAGAGAUGAAGUAUUGUUACUUGGAGUGCUUCAUGGGAUAGAUGAAAUUCUUAAAAGGGGAUUGGAAGCAAAGGAUAUAUUAUUGGAGAUUAACCAUAAAAAAAUUGUCAAGGUGCUAAAUCGUGAGAACGAUAUACCAAUUGAAUGUCUUGGACUUUAUCACAAAAUUUUUGGUUCGUUAGAAUUUGAUAAAUAUGAAAUAUCGUUUCAAUAUUUUCAAGGAAACACGGUAGCUAAUAGAGUUGCGUAUAUAGCUUCGCAUCUGACCGUGGGACAGAGUUUUCCCAUAGGCGAUAGAGGUUUUGAAACAGAAGUCAGGCAUGAUCGAUUGAAUAUUCCGCGAUAUGAGAUCAUCCCGAAUGAAUCGUCUGAUGAGGAAUUUGAAGUUUUAGGGGCACCAUGGUAUUUGCUGUCAGUGGACUGGUAUGUAUCGUGCUGGAAAUCAUAUUGCAAAAAAGAUUUUAGCCCUACAAAAUGCCUUCUUAAUUAUUUGGAAAACUGGAAUGUGACGCUCUUGACCAUGACGAGGAUUGCAAGAAUUGGGCCAAUAGUACAAACGUUUUUAAGAGUUGGAUCCUGACAAUCAUGAUCACUUUCAAGUAUGUAAUAUUUUAAAAAUGCAGUGACAAAAAGUGGUCUCCUCAAAGUUUCUUGAAAAGUCGGUUGGGUUUCCAAAACUUCAGGAAUGUUUUCUCCAAUUUUUAUUACUGGUAUCCACAAACAACGAGGUUGUCUUUAUUUCAUUAUUAGCAAUUAGCAUCAGUUCUGUAUCCAUUUUGAAAGUAAUAAUUCUCGUUCCAUAAAACUUAAAUGUGGAACGUCCCAAUGUAAAUUUAUCAUAUUAGGUGCAUCCAGCAUGAAUAAUCGGCUAAUUAUUUGUUUGUACCUUAUCAUCAUCGAAUGAAAUGAUUAUAUAUGUUUGGAUGUC